CACUGCACGAUUCCGAUGUUGAACUCUGGACAACGUUGCUUUUAUUUAACAUCCGAGGACUGCCUCUAAUUUCAUGCAAUGAUCGCUCAAAGUUUACCGAAAAUCUAAAUUUCUUCUGUUGUGAAGAGGAGCCAGAAUGCCCGAAACCGCCAAAGGUCCGCUGGAUGCUGUAGAGCAAGCGUCAUGGCAGGAUAUUGUCCUGCUCGCCAUUUUCCACCCCAUCCAAUUCGUGUUUGAGCUUAUACAAACCGUCCUUGCCUUUAUAUUUUCUCCCAAACCUCCUCCACGCCGGGAAAAGCUGGGGAAGUCUCGGAUUGCCAUCAUCGGCGCUGGCAUUACCGGCGUAUCGGCUGCGAGCCAUUGCGUGGGACAUGGCUUCGAGUGCAAGUUAUUUGAGAAGGGAGAUAAAGAUUCCAUAGGAGGGAUCUGGAGUAAAGUAAAUAAGACGUCCGGCCUCCAGAUCCACAGUCUUAUGUACCGAUUCCACCCCUCCGUGAGAUGGAAGGGAGGUUAUCCGGACCGACAGCAAAUCGUCGACCAAGUACGGAGACUCUGGGAGGAGUACGGCCUCGGUGAGCGCACCCAGUUUAAUACGGCGGUCGAGAAAGUCUACCAAGAUAAGAGGGGACGCUGGAUCAUCAACGACCCAUCGAAUGGCCGGUUCGACGGGGUCAUUGCAGCUGUAGGGACGUGUGGUGACCCGAAAAUGCCGCAUAUGGACGGCCAGGAGGACUUCAAAGGAGAGGUACACCAUUCCUCGCAAUUGGACGGCAAGAGUGCCAAAGGGAAGAAAGUGCUUAUCGUAGGGGGCGGCGCGAGUGCUAUAGAAGCGCUAGAAUUCGUCGCCGCCGAAGGAGCGGAACAGGCGUAUAUCCUGUCCAGGGUAACCUCUGAAAAAUGGAUCAUUCCUCGCAACCCGUUCAUCGACAUGCUCCUCGCGUUGAACGUCUUCGGUAGCGAGACGGGCUUCUCCUGGAUCCCUGAAUUCCUCCUCCGCCGCUUCUUCUACCGCGACCUCGCGUCCAUCGCGCCGCCGCCGAGUGCGCAGGGGUUGUUUGAGGAGACGCCGAUGGUAAACACAGACGUGCUGGAGCUGGUCCGCAGCGGUCAGGCGAAGUGGUUCCGUGGCGAUACCGUUAAGUUUACCUCGAAUGGGAUGUUGUUCACGCAUCGCGACCAAGGGGUUCCCAAAGGUGGACCGGGGACCACGCGCGAAAUCCAGGGGGACAUGUGCAUCAUGGCCACUGGAUUCAAGCGCCCGAGCCUGAAUUUCCUGCCUGACGAGUGUUUCGAUGAGCCUUACAAUCCCCCGAACUGGUAUCUGCAGGUGUUUCCGCCGCCACACCCGGAUAUUAGUGCCAUUAACUGCACAUACGUCAACGCCAUUGGGACGGUGGGGAAUUACCACAUUGGAAUCUACACGAGAUUCCUGUUGAUGUUCCUGGUGGAUCCAUUGGCGAGGCCACAACAGUGGUUGAUGAAGACCUGGAUCGACAUGACCCGAUGGAUCAAGCAGAAGGCUCCUGGCGGGGCGUUCGACUUCUUCACUUACAGCGAACUAAUCUAUUGGUUCUGCUUCGUCAUAGUCAUCAAUCCUUUCCGGUGGAAGUGGGCUCUAUUCGUGCUCUUUGGGAUCGGCCGAAAUUUGCCGAUGUCAGUGGUGCAGAAAGAGGACACAGUGAGGAACGGAUGGGAUGGGAAGGCCAAUGGGAAGGACUGAGCGGAGUUUGCAACGGCAGUUUUGGAUAUACUUAGUGUAUCCUAUGAUCAUGGUAAUAGCAUGCAUGGGUACGAUUUGCUCAUUCACCUUGACAGCAGUUU